AUGGUCGAGAAACUCGGGUCGCACCUGCAGCGCGGCGGGGCUGUCAUCCCUGCAAGCCACAGGCGACAGGGAACCGUGCACUUGGUCGCUUUCCUCGCAGAUGUCAGCCUACGCAUAUCGUUCGCCCACGCUCUGCACGCCCGGCCCCAUCUCAGAUGCGCUCAGAUCGACAGGUACACCAUGGACGCCCGUCAAGCUGCCUUCCAACGGCCACCCGACCGCCCUAUGAUCCAUAAUCCGAACCACCAGCCCUCGCCGCAGACGUACACCGGCUACGCUCCCCCGACGCCGCAGCCACAGCAGCCACUGCACGUUCCCUUCUCGCAAGACCCGUACGCGGCGGCCCGACGCGACCCAUUCCUCCCCACGACCGCACAACACGUCCGACGCAGCAGCCAGGGCAUUUCGGGAGGAGACAAUGCGCCGCAGCCCCAGGCAGAGCGGCAGGGCGGCUGGACACACACAGGGUUGUGGGGACUGUUCAGACUGCGUCAACUGGCAGGCCCGUUCGCCAUCCAGGCGCAAUGGGGACAUGUCUCGAGCAUUGGUGGCACAGUCCGCGUGGCCUACAACUUGGUCGUUGUGGGUGGAGGCGAGUGGUUGCUGCGUGCGGAGCGCUACUUGUUGCAUGACACGUCGAAUGCAGAAGCUCCAGCAUCUCACAGUUCACCGCCUGUUGCAUUGCGCCUGGAUGUUUUUGGUGCACCAUGCAGUCUCUGGACGGAGACUGUGGACGGUGCUGCAUGCAUCUGGUCUCGUGCAGGACGGCCAUGCGCUGCGCUGGGCGGCCUCUAUUUGGCGUACGGCUUCGAUGCUGCGCGCAGAAACUCGCUCAACGGCGGCAGCCCCCCGGCUCCCUAUGGAGCUCCACCCCAUGACACUCCUGCACCGCCAUCCUUUGCGCGACCACACAUGCCCCCGCCAUCAUCGCCCCAGCAGCACCACGCAUCGCAGCCGCAACGUGCCCCCUACGCUUCGAAUUUUGGCGCCAACAGAGAGCUCCCGGGGCUAGGCUCAGCGCAUCGUCCGGGCAGCAGCAUGUCCAUCUCGUCCCUUAUCGGCGGCGGUGAUGCUGGUGCACCCGCGCAGACAUCACAAUCACAGCCGUCACCUGUUACAAACGCGCAGUCCGUCGCUGGUCACAGCAUGCAGCCACCGUCGCCGCGCCGCGGCCUGCCACCCGGUCCACGAUCAGACUUCGCACCCUUUCCGCGACAGCCAUCGCCCGACCGAAGUAUGUAUGGCGGCAACGCAUCAAGAGCACCGGGUGGGCAGAAUUUCUCGGCAGGAUCCCCUUCACGGUCCUACAGCAAUCAAGGAUCUCCAGAGCUCGGCCGACAGUCGUUGCCUCCAUCAAACCAAACGUACAAGUUCCUUGGCCAGCGACUGUACGGACAGGCGUCAAACGACGCUGUCGCACGAGACCACCAACAAGCUGCUGCAAACGUGCCCCCGAGACCAAACAGCCAGCCCACCGGCCCAGUGGCAGCUCGCGACAUUGGCAGGCCUCCAUAUGAUGCUAUGGCGGGACGGCGCAGCGCAUACGGGCCACCUGAAGAGCGGCGACGAACGCUUGGAGAAUCGCACCACGCGCGCCCAAACACCGCGGAGCUUCUAGGCAUAGCUAGUCAAGGCCCAACCGCCAGAGACAGACCCACGACGGUACAGCCCGUGUCGCAAUCCGCUUUUAGUCCGCCUCGUGACCAGCACACGAUGCCUGGUCCGAACGAUCCACCCCGCGGUGUCUGGCGCCAUUCUGCACCCGUUGACGCGCCUCGCGAUGCCAUCGACAGUCGGAGAGAGGAUCCUGCUGCAUCGCAGCGUCCCUACGGUCCCUAUCACUCCCCGUCACAUGCGCCCUCGCGCUUCGAUGGUCAGAGUGGUGAAACUAUGGCACAGCAGCGAAGUAUGGAUCGUAUGAACAACCGAGUAGUAGAACAGUACCACGCUGCACCGACUUCAGAUCCCAACUCCAUCGACCGCCAAAAGACAGAACCUCUUGCUCGGUCGCUGUCGUCUAGGUCGCUGUACGAAUAUCCGCGCAGAAUGGGCGAGGAGAUGCAGCAUUCGAAGUCACACAUUGGAUUUGGCCUCGAAGCAAGCAGGAGGACGGGUCGCGCCUCUCCACUGCCACAAGCUGUACAGGGAGCUCAAGCACAGCCCAUGUCAAUUGGCAAAGACCCUGGCAUCAAGAGCGAAUUUGGGCGCAUGUUUUCUGGUCUCGGCAGCGGUCUCGGAUCAUCUACUCCAUCGCGUGGUAGUCCACUACCCCACAACGGGCAAGGCCCCUUUGCACAGGAUCCCGAGUCUGGAGAUAUGAUGAUGAGGCUACAGCGCGUAAACUCGCAGCAAGGCAGAAAGUCCAAACGCGUCAAGGACGAGGACGUCUUUGAUGCCGAUAGCAACGAUGGGCGGGGUACACCUUCUGGAGUGCGCGGAGCGAAGCGCAACAAGUACACACAUGCUGGCCAUCACCACCACCAUGUGCCACAUCAUCAGGCUUGGAAAUUUGCUAACAAGAUAGUCACCAUCACCACCAUCACAAACCUGACGACGAACUACUUCAAUCCAACACGUCAACUCCACUCAACGGACGACAAGGCAGUCUUCCCCAGAAUGGCCCCGGCCAACCAGUACACCACCACCAUCACAUCCAGGGUACACCACAUCAUCAUCAUCAUCACCAUCACCAUGCGCCCCGAGGCGGACCACAAGGCCCGUCGCCCCCGCGGCAGCGACAGCACAUUGUCCUUGAACGACAUCUUUGGGGCGCUCGUGUAUACCGGGACGACUCAGAUCCCGAUUGCCGCUGCCAUCCACUCGGGGUGGAUUCGCGGAGAAUGGGACGAGACAGUCGAUGUGACCAUGCUUGACCCACGUAUCACAGCUCCGAACGACGCCAAAGAUGCCGACGAUAUCCUCACGAAGCCUCCGGCUGCACCUGUUACUCCUCCUACCGACAUGGAUCUACAGAUCGAGAUUCUCAUUCUGCCUCAACUGCAAGAGUACGAAGGGACAGUCGAAUACGGCAUCUCCAGCAAGAAGGGCAAGGCGCAUGAGGGCCUCAGCUUCAUGAUCAACAAGGUCAAAUGGGUAGAGGAAGCCUUUGGAAGCCGAGGCCAAGAACGCACCGCCGCGGCUCUGAAGCGCCGACUUGACGCUGGUGCCUCACUUUUGGCACUCAAAAGCGGAUUCGACGACACGCACCGAGCGAACGGGAUGGCGCAACUGCUUGUUUGA